AUGUGCACUAGUCGGUGGCAGCACUUCGCUCCAGAAGCAGAGCGGCACGCUCAAGAGAAGAACAAGAGAAGAAGAAUGUGCAAAAACAAAGCUGUGAAAGUUCGAAGUUUAAGUGAAACGAAAAAAUUUGGUGUUGCAGCAAAAAAUGUAAAUGAAUUACUUAAAAAGGGCUGUACACUGUUACAGCUUCCACUUACUGGUGCUCAGGUUUGUUUAUACUCAGAUGGGACAAAGGUGACAGAGGAAUCCUUCCCAACUCUUCCCGACAAUACUGAACUUGUUCUUCUGUGCAAAGGCCAAAAGUGGAGCGGGGCUCUGUGUGACAUUGGUCAGUUGCUGAGCACAGACCGCCAUGCUGAUGACCUCAUCAAAGCUGCCAAGGGGCUUCUGUCAGAUGAAAAGUCUCCUAAAAGGCGCAAACUGCUGUGUGACCUGCUGCUGAACCUGGAGGACAAAUCUGAGCUGGAGAACAGAGACGAGGAUGAAGGCUGGUUCAGCGGUGUUGAUGCUCGUUUCAAGACAAAGGCUGCCUACAUGAAGUUCAACUGUGAAAGCAGGAUACGAAGCUACAUGAAAGAGGUGGAAGAUGCAAAGAAAAGCAUCCAGAAAACUAAAGUUGAGGCAGAGUUUCGCAAAACAUCCAAGUGUCUGACAGACAUGCUGAAGUCUGCGAAGUACAACAGCUGUUACUUUGACCGCACCGAACAGAAACCGAAGCGUCUCUGUACUCAGGAGGGAUGGUUCACCUGCCAGGGAUCCUUUGACCAGGAGAGGUGUCCGUCUCUCCACUCCAUCAACCCGUACAGCAGCCGAGAGAGCAGGAUCAUCUUCAGCACCUGGAAUCUCGACCACAGGAUCGAGAAGAAGAGGGCGAUCAUUCCCACCCUGCUGGACUCUCUGCAGAAUCACAUGAGUUCCGACAUCAAUCUGGACUAUUUCUACGAGCUGCUGUUCACGAGGAGCAACCUGAAGCUGGUGCACAUCGUCUGCCACAAGAAAGGCGUUCACAACCUGCAGUGUGACACCACCAAGAUUUUUAAACAGGCCAAAUAUGAGUCAAAAGGCAAACGCAGGCGUCUGCUCUGAGAUGUUUUUAGUCAAAACUGUUGUUUUCAUUGAUAAUCAUGUAUUUUGUCACUUUUGUGACUUACAUAUCAUCUGCAGUAUAUAUAUUUUUUUAAUUAAGUCAGUGUUGUUUGAAGCUGUCAUGGAGACUGGACCUGCUGGGUUAAAGUCUGCAGACAAAAUCUUCAGUCAAGAACAACUUUAUUUCUUUUUACAUUGUAAAUGUAGUUUGGUUAUAGUGAAAACUCAAAGUUGCAUAGCAAUAUGAAAAAUGUUUUUUGUAUGAAUAAGGCAUGAAUUAAAAAGGUAGCAAAAUUAA